AUGUUGAUCACAAAAAAAACACAAAAAAACAGUUCCUGCCUUGCAACCACAGCGAUAAAAAUUCGAAGUUUUUGUUUGCAACCAAUUAGACGUUCUGUUUUGAUCCCUAAAUUCGAAGAAUUGCAAACCCUGUUAGAGAAUUGUUUGAACCCCUAGAUCCAAAAUUAUACCGCUGAAAUAAAUCGCUCGGCAGAAAAAACCCACACUUGAACAAUUGGC